UUUCAAGUGAGUUGUUACAUGGAUCAUUACAGGAUAUAAAAGAUAUUUGACCCUUUAUACGUAUAUCUAGCCUGCAUUCACAUAUAAAGCAAUAUAAAAAAUAAUUGUGUUAAAAUUAUCAUGAAUUGUCUUUUGUGUUGUUCACCAGUUCCUGAACAUUUCAGUUUACUAUCAUUUGUUAUAUUCAUCUCCACUUUAACCUUAGCUCUACCAUUAUUCACUCUCAAAAAUCCACUCUGUAUGAAACCAGUUCAGUAUGCUGUUUUUCAGAAACUGAACACAAAAAAAAAAGAUUAAACUAUUUUGACCUGUGAUGGAAUUUACUGUACAAUGUCUAAUAGUAACCUUAUCGGAACACUGGCAUUCAUCUAUUCAAAGUCAAGCCACGAGUUAAAAAAAAAAAAAAAGUGUAGUGAAAUUCCUUUUAAUACAUCCUGCUAUUUUGUGUUGAUUCCUGUAGGCUUACAGAGAACUGUGAGCUGUAGUGCUUGGGAGAACGAGGCAGAGGUGAGAUCGGCGUCAAAAGUUCGACAGCACAGGUUUUGAUCCUGUCGGGGAAAACCAGGACAACAAGGAGAAGCACACCAGAAGAACUGAAGAAGGUCCAUCGUGACAGCAGCAGACAUGACUUGGGCGCAUUACAAGAAACUGCUGAGGAGAGGAACCAGCAUCCUGAGCCCACUCAAGCCACUCCUAUUGUUAGUAACUCUCUCCCUCCCUGGCCCUGGAUGUGUGUUCUGCUGGACAUACAGUUCCUCAGCUGACAACAUGACCUGGACAGAAGCACGCAACUUCUGCAGGACAAACUACACCGACUUAGUGGCCAUCCAGAACACUGAUGAGACCGAGCACCUCCUGAACAUAACACACAUCAUUCCACAUAGGGUUUCCACGCCUCACUAUUGGAUCGGCAUCAGGAAGAUAAAGGGAACCUGGACCUGGGUGGGAAUGAACAAAUCGAUGACUGGAAACGGGUCAUGGGCUCCCAAUGAACCCAACAGCGUGGAUGGUGAGGACUGUGUAGAGAUAUACAUCAAUCAAGAGAAUAAAAAGGGGAAAUGGAACGAUAUUAAUUGUGCUAAAAAGAACUUUGCCAUUUGCUAUAAAGCCCAGUGCACCAGUGAUGCAUGCUAUGGUCAGGGAGAAUGUGUGGAGACCAUUAACAGCUUCCAGUGCCUGUGCCAUCUUGGCUUUGGUGGCUCCCACUGCCAAAUAGCUGUACAGUGCCGUAAGCCAAUUGCACCACAGAAUGGAUGGACGAAAUGUUGUGGUGGCUAUGGCAACCACUCCUUUGGGACAACAUGCACGUUCAGUUGUCAGGAUGGCUUCAGGAUGGAGGGUCCAGGUGAAAUCACCUGCAAUUCCACUGGGGAAUGGAGUGAGAGAGAGCCAGAAUGCUCUGCUCCAUCAUGUGAUGUUCUGAUAGACCCUGUUGGAGGACUCGUGAACUGUUCUGGGGCAACUAAUACCUUCCACACUACCUGCACCUUCCAGUGCCACCCUGGGUUCUUGCUUCUGGGGUCAACGGAGGUCACCUGUGAGGCAAACGGCACGUGGAGCGGCUUCAGACCAGUGUGUGCAAGCUACACUCACUUGCUGAUGGCUGUUUUAGUGUGGAAUGUCCUAUCAGCAGCCUGCUGCUUCACUUACUGGUGUCAAAGCUGCCAUAGAAGUAAGACAUUAAUUGUAGCACAUGUUCUUGUAUGCGUCAUUGGAGAAAACAUUUCUACAGAAAUUUCAACAUUUCUACCUCACUUUAGUGUCUGAUAAAUGACUUUUACUUUUUCUCUGUAAGGAAAGAAAUAUCAUCAGGC